AUUCAUUGUUGAAAUGGUAUGCUAGAAACGAAAUCGCUUGUUGAAUUGAAUUUUCGAACAAUGUAAAUAUAUUACAUAUUCUAGUAUAUAUGAUAAAGUAUCUGUUUGAUAGUGUAAUGGUUUCAUAAUGUAAAUAAAAAAAAUCAAUGCCCAGUUUCUAUUGCAAAUGACUUCUCCAUAGAUAUCUUGAAAGUAAACAAACAUGUCGGAACUGAAGAAGACAGAAAAUGUGCCAGAAAUUCAGAUUAAUGAUGCCGAAGGCGUCUCCAUGGUAGAAAUUUUAGAGGAAGAAAACAGAUUGAAAGCAGAUGCCGCAGCUGUACUUGGUGCAAGUGAUGAUAAGAAUUGCACUUAUGAUCAGGGCUAUAUUCCAAGACAGGCACUUUAUGCUUGUUCAACUUGUGCAGCAUCUUCAGGCCAGAUAGCUGGUAUCUGUUUGGCAUGUAGUUAUGAAUGUCAUGAGGGCCAUGAUUUGUAUGAAUUGUAUACAAAGAGGUAUUUUAGAUGUGAUUGCGGAAAUGAAAAGUUUUCAGAUUUUGAAUGUAAAUUGAAUAAUAGCAAAGGGGGAAACAAUAGUAGAAAUAAAUAUAAUCAGAAUUUUAAAGGUUUAUAUUGUUCAUGUGAACGUCCCUACCCAGAUCCAGAGGAUGAGACAGAAGAUGAAAUGAUACAGUGCUCAUUAUGUGAAGAUUGGUAUCAUGGAAGGCAUCUGGGAAUUAAAGAUACACUACCAUCAGAUUAUGAAGAGAUGAUCUGUCCGGGUUGUAUCAAUAAACAUGAGUUUCUAUUAUUAUAUUCACCAGCAAAAAUUACAGAGGAUUCAAAUGCUGACAGCAAUUCCUGUUUAUUAAAAAGACUAGAUAAUAAUCAACAAUCCAGUGAUAAAGCCUGUUUUAUGUUUGAAGGAUGGAGAAGUCAACUGUGUAGAUGUACAACUUGUCAGAAAAUGUAUGAAGAGAAGAAUAUAAGUUUUAUAUUAGAUGAAGAUGAUACAGUCCAUGCCUAUGAAGAUAAAGGUUUAGCUUCUCAUAGUUUUACAGAUACCAAUGCUUUACCCAGAGCUUUAUCACAGAUGGAUAGAGUACAGCAAGUGGAACUCAUACAUGGGUAUAAUGAUAUGAAGGAAGGGCUUAGAGAAUAUCUUAGAACAUUUGCAGAAAGUGGAAAGGUGGUCAAAGAAGAACAUAUAAGGGAAUUUUUCAGUCAGAUGCACACAAGAAAACGUCAAAAGACGGAUAGUGGAUUCCAGUAUAGCUGUAAAUAAGAUGCAGAUUUUAACUUUAACUUUUUUUUUAAACACUCAAUUUAAUUUAAAGGGAUGGUUCAGCAAAAUUUGACAAUAAGAGCACAAUAUUUCUAAUGAAUAUUGGUCAAAUUAGAGUUAUUUGUUGUGUUAUUCUGCUGAGUCAUCCAUUUUAAUACAGUAGAAUAAUGCCUGUGAUAGAUUUUAUAUACCAUCUAUUGUUUUACUAAUCAUAUAUUUUGAUCAAAACACUGUCUAUUGAGGUCAUGAAAUGUAAUUUCAUCUUUGUAAAAUCAACUAACUAAGUAAUCAGUGAUUAAAAUUGAAGAUUGAUUGAAGACUUUUUUUUUAAUGGACUAUGUAUCCAAUGUAAAUAAAAUGCAUUUAAAUGAG